AGUGAAGAACGUACAACUUCAACAGCGCAGCAGACUGCCUCGUCUUGAGUGUGUUUACUAUAGCGCUGAUAAAAAUCUUGUCUAAUAUACGACGCUGUCCCGGAUUCUCUUCACGGAGAGAAUUUCGCUCUGGUUGUGUACUACUAACUCUACUCCCCAGGUUGUCUAGUGGUCGGACGUUUCACGGUGGUUUAGUAUUUAAGACGCUGCUGUUCAGUGAACCGGUUUGUUUCGCGUUCGGUCAUUCCACACUGCACACACAGUUGUACUAUACAGCUUAUAUAAAUAGAUAUAUCUAUCUACAUAGAGUCCGUACUCUGUUGUAUCGCUAUCGCUGCAGUCAGUAUCCAGUCGUACUCAGUGCACUAUCCGUGACGGUAUCAGCUGGACUGUAUACUACGGGAAUCUCCGGUCAGUGAUAACUCUUCCCGCAAACAGUGAGUUAGUAGAGUGCUAAGUGAACUCUACACAGAAGAGCUAGAAAGCCAGUGACAACGCAUCAGUACCAGCCACGACCAACCUUAUCUUUCAAGGUUACGAAGGCUGUGCAAGAGUGAAAUCGGCUCGUAUAGAAUUACGGUGUGACUUGCUCAAUCGAUAACCCACGGAACUACUGGAAACCGCAGCAAUGCUGUCCCACCUUCUCAAAGAAAACGCUGGCUCCGUCAUUGUCAGCACCGGAAACGUGCUGAACGUGAGUGACCUCCGGAAGAAGGCUGGCCAGAAGCCGACGGAUGAGCUGACGGAUUGUCUGCGGUCCACGUUUGCCGAGGCCGAACUCGUCGAAGGGCAGCCACGGUUGGUGACCCGCCGGAACAAUGACCUGCAGGAAAAGGUCCAGGAGCACCAGCGGACGGACAUCAAAAUUGGCGCCAAGAUCUUCCUCAAUCAGUACACCGAGGGUGGCCUCGCGGAGGCCGUCGAGAAGCUGUUUGACACGUUGAACGUGUCCUUUCUGGACAAUCUGAUCCUGGCCUAUCACCCGAGGUCGGCGGCAACGGACAACGGAGUUGAAUCGAACGGCGAGGUCAAGGAGGGCGUAAUUGAGUGGGCCGUCGGUACGGACAAUGCGGUCAACCAGCUGAAGAAGCUGUGGAGCACGUUGGAGCGAUACGCCGCUGAUGGGAAGAUUGGACAACUGGGCAUUGCCGAUCUGGACGUGGAGUCGUUGCGGGAUCUGUUUGAGGCGUCGAGCGUGCAUCCGACCAUUGCGCAGAUUAACCUGGCGGCGUGUUGUGUGGUGCCACCGCAGCUGCAGGAGUACUGCGGGCAGAACGAUAUUCAGCUGCUGACGCACAGUGAUCCGCAAGAACUGCUGCCCCGCCAGGUGCUAACCGAUCUGGAUCUGACCGCGUACCACGCCACCUGGACCACCCGCUACCAGGUGCACAUCAAGUGCCGGGGUGUCCUCGCGGCGAAGGGCUUCAUCGUCAGCUUGGCGGCCCACAAGUGAAUCCUGCGUGCCACACAAAACACUUAACUGCUGUGUCUAAGCUUUUAAUAUGGUCGAAUGUUAGCAUGUUUAGAAUAUAGGAGACAAUAUACACGUACGAGAUGCUUGGUUUAAAGUGACACACACACACCUACAACAAACACACAAUCAUCAGUCCAACGAAGAAUUAUAAAACUACAAACUUACACUGACUCACACCAAACACACACACACAAGUUGUUCUUAAAACAGAAAAUUAGGGAAGUCACAAGUCGAUGUUGUUGUUCUAGACUACCGCACUCACAUCGUUGUUAGGCACUGUGCGUGUGUGGUGAGUUCGCUCUAGUACGCGUUCGCGGUUCGUGUCCGUGCUAAGGGUGAGCCAUGGCUUAAUCACUCCUGAUGCUUAACCACUCUGUUUUUCUGUAGUACAAGCGCAAGCACAACUGUGUGUGGUGAAAAAAAUUAAUUAUGAGCAAAAUACCUCUACAAGAAGUAUCAAUGUUAACGAACACUAGAUGGCAGUACUGUGUAUUUAAUACAAACAAAAGAAGUAGAAACUAUGUGAUGUAGCCGUUAUAUACAAAUAUAAAAACAUUUCAAGUGAAGCACGUGGACUGUGUGUAGUGAGGAUGGAAUAACACUUUUUACGUUUAGAUGUUAUAUUAAAAAAAUGGUGAGAAAAGGGUUUCGCGAAAGUACGGCGAGGUUAGAAUCGAGCGAGCAGUUUUCGUUAAGUUUUAUUUUUUACUAGUUUUAGCUAGGGAACUGUAUUCUCGAUAAGUCGUAAGCAUUUCUGUCUUUUAAUUUGACCUCUACAAUUACUACGAACACAAUCUGCCUAGUUAGUUGAUGAUUUUUCUAUACAUCCUUAAAGACUAUAUAUUUUAGAAUCGACUUUGAGAUGCUUUUGGGAAGACACGAACAAAAAAAUAAAAAUAAAAACAAGCCGCAAACUAUUGAUGUGGAAACGAAAUCGAAAGGAGCACGAGAAAUAAAAGGGGUUUCACCGAAACCGAAAACGCAAA